CUCAGAAAGUAGAAUAUUUGAAUCUGAAAAAAUCAUAACAAAGGAGGAUGGGGAUAAGUAUUUCUAUACUCUUAAGGCUGAUGAUAGUUACUUUUUCAGCGACUCAAAAAGACUCCCUGGAGAAUUGUCAGUAAAGAGCAUUGACUUUUAUUUCAAAAUCCUUAACAUUUCCACCAUUGUCAAACAUUUUUUAUCAGUAGCAACUAUCACAGGCCAAAUAUCAGAUAAAGGGUUCAAGGACUUAUCACUGACAAAUCCA